AUGAACAAGUCGAAGUGCGUGGCCCACUCAUAUUUCGACGCGAGGGAUCACCCUGAUUCGUGUUGCAAGCAUACGCAGAAAAGGAGUCAGUCCUUUCUGGUUAGCAAGAGUAGCGGCAAGAACCCGGAAUUGUCCUCGAGCUACUAUUCCUCGCCGACUUGUUACAAGCCGCCAAAGAACACGUCAGCGAUUCACGACAGCGACAACGUGCCGUAUCUCCAGAGAGACGUCUCUCGCUCUAAACCCAACCGGGAUAAACACUGCUCGGGUUACUCUUCCAACUUCUCGUCGACGAGGAAAACCCACUACGACGACGAGCUGCGCAACAUCGACAGUUUCAAGUUCACCGACGACAAAUUGGGGGACUUUGCGGGAGGCCAUGAUGUGGUGGAAGAUCAGGUCGAGCACGAAGUCGCAGAGGACGAUCGCGAGGUGCUAGCUGAACUCUUGGACAAGGACUACGAGGAGCAAGAAGAAGGAUUCGAGGACGACGAAAUAGACGAUGAGUCUGACAGGUCUCCGCAGACUCGCAGCUCUCGCAGUCAGAGAGGAUGCAAACCGGAAGCACUGUCGAAGCAACAGCGCUGGAGAUGCGCGGAGCAACAGUCGGAUACGCGAAAAUUCUGUCGCCAGCAACGUGUUGCUACGCUGGAAAAUCAUUCUCCAGCCUCCAGGUAUUACCACAGCGUGACCAAGCCCGAGGAACCCGAGCCCUUAUCAGAAGAAGAUUUCGUCCGAACGUCGCUGAGGUGGCAACCUGCGGACUAUCGUCAAUGGUCGUCGUCGAGGAACGAACCUGAUCGUUACGACGACGUCGCGACGUCGAUGCAACCGGCUCGACGAGCCCGCACGAAACCGGAUGUGGACCGGCUGAUAGAGCAAUCAGAGUUGAACAGAACGAGAAGGUGCGAUCGUUGCGGUAGCCUGUCCAGCAGCAAGAACGUACCGCCUUUUAAGAAUACCUGUAGAUUCGACGAUUGCUCGAGUAUUCCUAUCAAGGGACCAAUUGGCGACGAACCCGAAAACUACGAGCAAACGUUCUGCGGCCGGUGCAACGUGAGCCACGGCUCGAAGGAUCCCAGCGGCAUCGUCGCCACGAAAUCGCGCAGAUCCCGCGAAACAAAGUUCUACGAGGUCCCGGACCAAAGUCAGGAGAAAUUCUCAAGCGAUUAUUCGCGAUCGCCGUCGAGGUACCAAAGCAGGAUACCUGCAGACAGGUUUACGGAAAAGUCGAAGAGGUCGUUGCACACUUCUCACGGCACCGCGCGAAUACUUCCUCGAUACGUCGAAUAA